AUGAGUGCCGAGUACAGUCAAGCCAAUGGCUUGCCGCUCCGCGCCCCGCGCGACCUCUGCGCACGCCCGCACCCGCCAAUCUCCGCCCGCCAGGAGGCGCCCCCCGCACCAUUGGCUGCCACGUCCGUCUGUCAGGCUCCGUCCCACCCACCUCCCCCCGUCAGCCCCGCUCCAGCCAGCUCCACUCCCUGUCACCGGGGCGGCGGCGCUAACGAGGGCGCGGUGGCCCUGCCCCAUGCCAAGACCCUCGCCGCCUGCCUGACCGGAGCGGAGCCUCCCAAAUCCUGCUGGACCCGGCGGCUGCGCAAGCCUACCUGUCUCCGGCUCAGCUCCACCCGAAUGAGGCGCCGACACCCCACUCCGGGGCACCAAACUCUCGGCCCCGCCUCAGCGUGUGGCGUCAGCACGCCGCCCCUCCCUGAGACGAGUGGGGCCGCCCCUACCUCGUCUGUCUGGAGCCCCACCCAGGUGAGGCCUCCACCCCGAGGUCAUGGCUUCCAAAGGCUCGGUGAGCCCCUAUUCCAGGCGGCACCGAAUGUGCCUGAGGCUCCUACACGAUUUCUCACACCGGUAUCCGCCUACUCGGAGUCUCGUGAACGGUCUGUCGGUCCGGGAACUCCGGCUUUCCUUUCCACGGUGGACCCCGAGUUCGGAAGCCUACAUCGACCCAAUCUUCCGGAUACGGGACUCAAGCCCCGGCGCAGGCUGACGGGAGAAGCCGCUUUUUGGUUGUUGACGGAACCCACUACGCCUCCAGAGAGAGGAAGGGACCAGCCAGUCUCCGGGCGUCCUGCGUUUGCGCACUCUCCCCUCGGCCCUGUAACUUGGCUUAAAGGACGCGAGCGGGGCUGGGGCGGGGCGGGGCGGAGCGGACGCAGAGCGGGAGUCACCGCGCAAGCGCAUCCUGCGCCUGGUCUGUCUGCGUCGUCAAGGAGUGGGGCGCAGGUGCGCGCAUGCGCACUGGGCAGAGGGCGCGCGUUGGCAGGUGUCUCGGCUGGGCGUCGGCGGGCAAUGGGGUUGCCGGCGUUGCUGCUCCUUGCUCUGUGCGCGGCAAGCGCCCGGGGGCUUUAUUUCCACAUCGGCGAGACCGAAAAGCGCUGCUUCAUCGAGGAAAUCCCCGACGAGACCAUGGUCAUCGGGAACUACCGCACCCAAAUGUGGGAUAAACAGAAGGAGGUCUUCCUGCCCUCGACCCCCGGCCUGGGCAUGCAUGUGGAGGUGAAGGAUCCUGAAGGCAAGGUGGUGCUCUCCCGGCAGUACGGCUCAGAGGGCCGCUUCACCUUCACUUCCCACACUCCCGGUGACCAUCAGAUCUGCCUGCACUCCAACUCUACCAGGAUGGCUCUCUUUGCUGGAGGCAGAUUGCGUGUGCACCUAGACAUCCAGGUUGGGGAGCAUGCCAACAACUACCCUGAGAUUGCUGCCAAGGAUAAGCUGACGGAGUUGCAGCUCCGAGCCCGCCAGCUGCUUGAUCAGGUGGAGCAGAUCCAGAAGGAGCAGGAUUACCAAAGGUAUCGUGAAGAGCGCUUCCGUCUGAUCAGUGAGAGCACCAACCAGCGGGUCCUGUGGUGGUCCAUCGCUCAGACUGUCAUCCUCAUCCUCACUGGCAUCUGGCAGAUGCGUCACCUCAAGAGCUUCUUUGAGGCCAAGAAGCUGGUGUAGUGUCCUCACCACGUGACCCUUUCCUGUCACCUCAAUUAUUUGGUACUUUCCCCACCCAAUAUCUUAUCCACCUGGAUUCUGAGGGAAAAAAAAAGUGAAAAAAGAAUAUAAGCCACAUUGGUUCCAUGGCAACAAAGCAUUCAGAUCAGCCACUUGUUAACACUGGUUUUCAAGGACACAGGACACUGGUCCAGGCUUUCAAAGAUCUGUCUUGGGGUUUGUGCAGAGCUGGAACUGACCCAGGACUAAGUCUUCUUUUGCAUCCAGUGAUUUCCCCUCUUUCUCAUAAAAUAAGCAAAUGAAAAACCCUCCUACGCCUUUAACCUUUCCCUUCAUCUACUUACGAAGUAGGCAACCAAAAUGCUCCACCAAGGCCUGCCUCACUGCUCUGCUCUCAGUCCUGGGUUCACUCAGCAGCUCUGUGAAUGUAAAUAGGGCCAAAGGCCCCAGAGAAUUGAAAAGUUUUUCUAUAUAUUAGAACUAUUUUUUGAUAAAAUUAUAUAUUUUCCUUCCUAGUUGAAGUGUUACUGCCUUUGUGUGACUAGCUGAAAACACCGGUGCAGUCCCUUCUGCAUUGUUUAUGCACACAUCCUUGAUAACUAACGACCAUGGCAGCUCCCAGGACUUCAGCUCUCAGGGCCAGAGAGCAGCUGCUCUCAAGGCCUGAUCAGAGGGCCAGGCAGAGAAUUCUCCAGGACACCUGUGGUUUCCAUCACACAGGGCCUGAAUUCAAGAGUGAGGCAGUGACAGAGCUCACACAAGGCAGGACACUGUUACCCUCCCGUUUCCCUUAACUUUUAUUUAAGCUGUGGUAAAUGUUUUCCUCGCGGGAACCAGAUUUGGUUCUUUAUACAGAUUUUUCCAGUGAAAUAAAACGUGUUGUAGUA